AUGGACAAGAGAUGGAUAAGAGAUGGACAAGUGAUGGACAAGAGAUGGACAAGAGAUGGACAAGAGAUGGACAAGAGAUGGACAAGAGAUGGACAAGAAAUGGAUAAGAGAUGGACAAGUGGCAACACUGGACUGGUUGGAGGCAGUGUCCCUGUGUUUGAUGAAGUAGUCAUCUCUACAUCUUUGAUGUCAAAUAUUGAGAGUGUUGAUGAGCUCAGUGGAGUUGUUGUUUGUCAGGCAGGAUGUGUGCUGGAAACUAUUGACCAGCACCUUGAGCAGUUCGGCUUCAUGAUGCCACUAGACUUGGGUGCUAAGGGCAGCUGCCACAUCGGCGGCAACGUCGCCACCAAUGCCGGAGGGCUGCGUCUGUUGCGGUACGGCAGCCUGCAGGGCUCGGUGUUGGGGUUGGAGGCCGUGACUGCAGACGGCACGGUGCUGGACUGCAUGUCGUCCCUCAGGAAGGACAACACGGGCUAUCAUAUUAAAAAUCUCCUCAUCGGCUCCGAGGGCACGCUGGGCAUUAUAACUAAGGUAGCUAUCCUGUGCCCUGUCCGGCCACAAGCUAUCAGCCUUGCGUUGCUGAGCCUCGACAGCUUCUCGACGGCCCUCGCGACCGCCUGCCGUGCCAAGUCCAUGCUCGGCGAAAUCCUGAGCUCCUGCGAGUUCAUCGACGCCUCGUCCAUGGAGUGCGUCACCAAGAACCUGAACCUCGUGUGUCCUGUUGCCGCUGCUAACUGCUACUUGCUGCUUGAAACUUCCGGUUCAAACGGCGAGCACGACCAAGCGAAGCUGGAGGCGUUCCUGGAGCGGAGCAUGGAAGAGUCGGGCGUACAGGACGGUACGCUGGCCAGCGAGCCCUCACGCAUGAGCAAAAUCUGGCAGCUUAGAGAGAGACUUGCUGAAGCUCUGCUGCUCGAAGGUUAUGUUUUCAAGCAAGACAUCUCGCUGCCCCUGACCGAAUAUUAUGCUCUGGUUGAGAAAACUCGCUUACACCUCGGAAACAAAGUGUCGCGAUGUUGUGGCUACGGACACCUCGGAGAUGGCAACCUACACCUUAACAUCACCGUCCCUCACUACAGUCAUGAGGUUGCCCGCAUGCUGGAGCCGUGGCUGUGGGAGCAGGUGGCCGCGUGUCGUGGCAGCAUCAGCGCCGAGCACGGCUUGGGCUUCAAGAAGCGAAACGAUAUCCACUUCUCCAAAGCCGCUUCCGCCGUCGCUCUCAUGCAGCAAAUCAAGAAGCUUAUGGACCCCAAAGCCAUCUUGAACCCCUAUAAAUGCAUUCCAGAUAUAUACUAACUCAUCUUUUUAGAAUCUGGUGAUGUGAGAAUGUUUUUGCGUGCAUUUGAAGACAGUUUCAAUCUACCUAACAUCGUGAACAAAAAUUGAAUUCUCCUGAAUCUAUGUUUAACCGCAAACCAAACGCGAAACUCAUAGAUCCUGAAUCACAAUUAAAUGCCUUUCACAUAUUAUUUAUCGAUUUUUCGAGUUGAUCGAUUGUAAAGAAACAUUCACACCAGCCGUGCAAGGCACCUGCCAUGUCCAGGGUGCGAAUGCUUCUACAGAAAUAUAUUUAAGAAUAAUGGACUGGACCGUGACUUUCAUAUGUCCGGCAAUUUGGUGUGAACCCGGCCUAAAAAAGAACAAAUUUCCUUGAGAUAAAUUGUCUACUCUCUCAGGCCUAUUUGAUACUUCCUGAAUAUAUUCGAAAAAUUUAUACCUCAAUACAAAGAAACGUCUAUGUCUGUCAUGUGGGUUAUAUGUCUUA